UUUUAGGUAGUGAUGACAGCAUCUUCGCAAAUACGAUCAAAUGCGGUUGCAGUCACAGUCCUUGCAUUCGCGAUGACGACAGUGCAAGGUGCAUCUCCAUGCGCAUCGCUGAGCCAGUGCGCUGUGCAAAAAUGUCUGGAUAAAGAUAUGGUGCGACGGGUAGUGGCAAACUCUACACGAUCUCAAUUAUUCGGCGCACUUGUGGAAAAAUUCGACAUGGUUUGCAUCGCGGCCAAGUGCACUGAUCAGUGUCGGGCGUGUGACCAGUGCCAGUACGCCAUCGAGCAGAUGAGCGCUUUGGCUUCAGGCGAACAAACUUCCGGCCUUUGCCCAAAACUGGAAACUUGCGUGCAAGGUUGCUUGACAGCUGGAGAAGUUCGCCAGAUUCUCUCCUGCGUUGCCGACCAAUGUAACGUUCAUUGCUAUGAUGGCGAUUGCCCGUCUUGCAGAGCCAUGUCGAAAAGAAUAUUCACUCUGAUAUGCCAACAGACAGGAAUGACAAAGCUGGCCCACAUCAAAUACCCAGGUCCAUGCCCACUUCUAUUCAACGACUUAGCUGACGAGUACGUCGCGGUGAAGAGGAGAGUAGCAGCUUAAUUUGACAGCGACAAGAAAGCAGCAUUCGUCGCAUUUUUUGUACAAAUAUUUUCUGUAUAUAAUGUAAAAAUGAAAAUCGAGCGUAUCGCUCAGGUGAUUACGCAAUUAACG